UUAGUGGAACGUUCUGAAAGGAAGGGCGGGAAGGGACCUGUUUACUGCUUUCAGCUUAUAGUGAAAUUACCGACAGUGACAUGCGCAAUUCACAUAAUUGACAAAAAACCCUAUUGGAAAAUAAUGGGACAUUCCGAAUUUCCAAUCGUUCUGUUGUCAUGCGCUCUUCGGCGACCUCCCAAACAAUGAACUAAUACACAGUGUGGUACUAACGGGAGCCACAUGGCGUAUCACCCCGAGAACUUCGCGGGAAACGUCCGCGUAGAUCUUCAUCAAGCACACAGUGUGCAUUACCUCAGUGCUGUUAUCGACCGUAUGCUAAUGUUCGAAAUGCUAGCCAUGGAGUUACGGAGAAGCUACCUAACAUCUGUGGCCUCUUUGACCUACUGCUGUCUGUACCAGCCAACUCCCGAGAGGACUCAUGAAGAUGAUCAAGACAAAAUCUGGGAUAUUGUCUGGGAGCUGACAGGAUCACUGAAUCAGCUUUUGGUCAUACUCCGCUCACCUUCAAUAAGUGAAUUUGAUCCCAUAACAGUUAUCCGUCUUUGGAACUCAGGAUCACUUCACACAAGGAGAUCAAAUACUGGUAGGAUUCAGAUUGAGAAGCAGGUGCAGGAGAGUGACGAAGGAAGAAUCCAAGAAAUGGAUGUUGGGACAACAUCGAUCAUUGACACUGAUGCAUAUUAGAUUUCCUUUCAUUAUUUAUUUUGAUUAGCAAAGGACACUAAUUUAAGUAACUCAUCACCACCCAAGCCAUUUUAGGGCUAUUUCCAUGUUUUCCAUAUGUUGCUAAUUUGAGGAUUUUACUUAUUACAAAUUCAAAUUCAAACAACUAAUUAACAGCUGUUUCAGGAUAUGAAAGAACUGACUGUUAUAAAGUUAGUGGUGAUGUAUAUUGUAUGAUUUUUCCAUGUCUCCAUCAAAAGUGUCAGCUAGAUGCGCUAUAUGGGAACAAGAAUAGAUGACACUGAUGCAAAGAUUUUCUUUCAUUAUAUAUUUUAAUUAUUAAAGGAUACUACUAGGGGAACAAAAAGUUACCACGAUACCAUGCUUUAGGAAGAAAUUAAAAAUCAUAUACGAAUCAAAAUAAUUUAAGUGGUCUGAAAAAAAUUGAAUUGGUUUGACUUUAUUUUCAUGAAAUACGAGUACACAAAGUAAAUUGAGAUAUGUUGAUAUCUUUAGUUUUCUUUCAAUUUACAUAACAUCCGCUAUUUAAUUCAGUGAUUUUUCUGAUAACCUCCCCUAUUGAGUACAUUUUAUAAUAAGCUAUAGA